AUAGAAAUAAUAAAAGAUCCUGAUAUUUCGUCGUUAAUCAUGACGUUUGUUAAAGAAACCAUAACUUUUCUUCGCGAUCCUGAAGUUACCAAUGACUGGGAUUGGCAGAAGCUCCGCCAGUAUUUUUGUGGCGUGGUUGAAAAAUUUUAUGAUGGGCUUUGCAUUUUAAAAUCCGAAAACAAUGAAACGUCCAAUGAAAUGUCACUAGAGAUGCGAACGUUAAUUUUUAAAAUGAUUGAAGAAUGGUGUGGUCAUGGCAAGAAGGGUGUUCAAUACCGAGCGAAAGAAACAAGUAUGUUGACAUCAAUAAUGGAUCAAUACAGAGAUUCUGAAGAAAGGAGACCUUUAACCACACAAUUAGAAAAUUCUGGAACAAAGAAGCAGUUGUUGGAUGCUGAUUGUGUGUUUCCUUGGAUACAGUCGGUGUUUGAGGAUCUGCAAGAUAGGCUACAUCCAAUUGCACGGUCAGUUCAAAAUCUAAGCACCCAAGGGUAUUUUUUAGCAUUAGCUGAAGUUUUCUUUGAAAAUAAAGACUACCCUUUUCAAGAUAAUCAGCCCUCUAAUGUGCUGGCUUUAGCAUUGUUUAAAACUGGGGAUGCUGAUUUAGAAGUCCGUCAAAAUGCUCUAAAACUAUUAAAUAUUAUAGAAACAAGAUUUUAUAAGGAGAGUUGCACUGAUGAAUUUAAAGUCGGGAUUACCAGUCAACUAUCUUCUAUAUAUAAGCAAGCGCAACUUGCGUUAUCAACUCGUCUUGCGCAAAACGCUCGAAAAAGAGAUGAAGAAAAACGUAUUGCAAAUAUAAAUAACGAUGAUACUGAUAUUCGUGAAGAAACACAUUAUAUGUUAUCAGAGUCAUCAAUGAGAUUUGAGAGUAUUCCAGAAAAGGGCAAGAAAGAAAUGCUUCGUUAUUUAGCACCAUGGGUUCGGAACAUCGAAUUACGUUUUACUGAUAGAGGGGAAUUGCACCCGACAACUUUUAUAAUGAUAUCCAAUCUUUUUUUCAUAACUGUUAAGUAUGGUGAUAUAUUUGUCAGAGAAAUCGAGAAACUUUGGCAGCAGUUAGUUAUGGGAGAACAUGCUCGUAACAUUCGCGCAAUAGUCAAAUUCUUGAUUGAUGUUGGUUUAGAAAAACGGAAUCCAAUAUUUGUUUUUCAUGCAAAACGAGUUUUUGUUUACAUUGGACGUACACCUACUUGUGCGGCAGUUAUCGAAGCACUGAUUAAAGAAAUUACACCGAAAUCAAUGACUCCUCAACCAAAAGAAACUCUAGAACAUGAGAAUUAUAAUUUUAGUGGAAUGUUUCUUGCUAAAAUUGAGGAAGCAAUGCCACCACAUAAUAAAAAGCCUGUAUUUUCAUCUGGUCAAUUAGCGAUGUUAUAUAUGGUGGAUAUGGCAAUAGAAGCUGGGCCUGUUUUUGAGUUUCAUCUUCCCAAGUUAUUUCAUGUUUUGUUUGUGCAAUUGGAUUCACCUAAUCCGCUUAUAAGCGAAGAGACUAAAGCACUUUUGGUGAAUUUAAUUCAUUCAAUUAUCCUUUGCAGGUCGGUUUAUCCUGAAGUUAUUAAACUUGGUCAUUCCUUGGUUGCAGAGUUAAAAGCUAAAGAGUCACAAUUGUGGGCAUACGAAGAUAUAACAUAUUCUAAUCGAAAUAUUAAAAGUUUAUCGGAUUUAGAAAAAUUAGCUAAAGAUGUAGUAACUAUAUUUGGUGUUUCUCUAUACGGGGAGACCAAUAGUGAGGAUCUCAAACAAUUCUGGGGUGAAAUAGCAUUAACAUGGGCAACAUCUUGUCCUGUUCGUCACAUUGCAUGCCGAUCUUUUCAAAUAUUUCGUUCAUUGAAUCCUGGAUUCAACUUGAAUAUGCUCGCAGCUGUACUUGCGAGGUUAUCCAACACUAUAUCCGAUAAUUCGGAAGAUAUUCAAGGAUUUGCUUUGGAAAUUCUAAUCACAAUUAGUCAUGUCGUUGAUGGACUUGAACCUGAUACAAAAGAAAUAUUUCCACAAUUAUUGUGGGCGAUUAUUGCAUGUCUUCAAACUACGAAUGAACCAGAAUAUUUGGAAGCAUUAUCCAUCCUGGAUAAAAUUUUAGAUAAAUACAAUGUUUGUGAUGAAGAAAAUCAUGAAAUAUUUUGGAGUUUCUUUCCAGAGAAAUGGCUUGGAACAUUUAAUGGAGUUCAACCUUUAUUAAUGAAAGGAAUUGAUCCUACACCAGGACGAUAUUUAUAUUUGCUUCUUGCUAAUCUUCCGCGACUUGUUCAUUCAUUAGAAGACGAGAGCAUCCGAGAAGAAUGUAAAGAGUGGGCAAAAUAUUUAUCAGAAAUAGCAGAACAGCAAAAUGAAUUUACUAAAAUAGGCUCUGAAUUAAUUUUACCACUUCUCCGUCUUUUAAAUUCGUCAUAUUCACAAGAGGCUUUAGAAGUACUUGAUGAAUCCAUAACUAUUUCAGUUUCCCCUGUGAAAGACAAACAAAUAAUGCGUAUGAGUCUUAACUCGAGAAGGGGAAAGGAGAUAGAUGGUGCUGCCAGCCUAUUUGGAGAUCCCGAUGAACAUGGUUGGGCAAUUCCUGAUCGACAAGCAUCCAUGGAGGCUACGAGAUUAAAUGUACAUGCAGUAUGCUAUACGUGUAAAAAAGCCCCUCAACAGGAUCCUAAUUGUCAAGAUGAUCCAGACUAUCUACUAUUUUCUGAUAUUAAUAUUGACAUGAAUAGGGGAUAUAGCGAUGAGACAUCAACAGAUCAUAAAAUUCAAGAUAUUGUGUCGAAACUUCAAGAUUUGAACGAAUAUUUUAUUUUGAGCGAUGAUGUACUUAGUAAUAAUGGAAAUAUAUCUGGUAAUUUGAAUGGAAGAGCCAUGACCAUAACAACAACAUUUCAUAGUAAAACGCUUAGUGAUGCUGAACAUGACUUUGAAGAAUUUGAUGAUGGCAAAUCAUCAGUGAAUAUUGACGAUUUAAUGGCUGAUGAGUCACAUAUUGAAACGUAUAUGAUAAAUAAUGACGAUAUUGAUACUAUGUCACCGCAAGAACAAGAUGAACAGGAUGAUGUGCUAAAUUCAGCAUCAUCAACUGAUGAAGAAGAUAUAAAUUUACCGGAUGACGAUGAAUCAGUACAGUCUGAUGGAAAUAGUAGCUCAUUCAAUUUAGAAUGUAAAGUUCAAGAAACUUAA